GUGGGAAAGGCCAAACAGAGCUGAGAAGUGAGAAGGGCGAAGGCUCCUGGAACUGGCUGAAAAAAGAAAGAACGGCAGAAAGAGAGAGGGAAAAAUGAAGAAGACGAAGAAGAACACGAUUUGUACUAUUGAUAAGAAAAAAUCACCGAAACCGCGGCAAAUCUGUGUUGAAAUUCCCCCAACACCGCCACAAACCCAACUUCCUCCAUCUCUAUAUGUAUAUAUAUAUCCUCUCUGCUUAAAUCCUUUACCUUCAAACAAACAAAAACAAAAACCCAAUUCCAAAAUCAUCUUUCCUUACUUCUAGUCUUAGGCUCUUAGCUACUAAUCUUUGGUUAACUUACAUUCCCCGUAUAAUUACAUCAACCUUAUUUCCUUUUAUUUUAGAGAUAUGGAUAAACAGAGACAGUACGAGCGGGUAUUCAACCACUUUGACGAAGACGGCGACGGGAGAAUCUCGGCUUUGGAGCUGCAAAAUUGUAUCGGGUCUUUAAUCGGAGCUCCGAUGUCGAUGGCCGAAUGCGUGGCGGCGGUGGAGAUGAUGGAUUCCGACGGAGAUGGGCUGGUGAGUAUGGAGGAAUUCGUGAGAAUGGUGGAAGGCGGUGGGGAGGAAGAGAGAGUUAAGGAAUUAAAAGAAGCGUUCAAGAUGUAUGAGAUGGAUGAAGGGUGUGGGUUCAUUCAUCCCAAGAGUUUGAAGAGGAUGCUGAGUAGAUUGGGGGAAUCCAGGAGUCUUGGGGAUUGUAGAAACAUGAUUGCCAGGUUUGAUCUCAAUGGCGAUGGUGUUCUCUGCUUUGAUGAGUUCAAGAUCAUGAUGUCUUCUUCUUCUUAGUUCUUCCAUUCGAUUUUUCUAAUCCGUCCAAUAUAGGUCGAUGGUUCGAAUCUGGCUGAAAAGGGAAAUUCCGAUUGCUUUUGAAGAUGUUGAGUCGCCCUUUGGUUCAUGAGAUUGUUGUGGAGAAUUUGGAGGAUUCUCAGUUCAAUUUUGUGAGAUUGCAAGCUCUUGAUUCAUCAGUUCAUUCAUUAACAAAUUUGUUGAGAUUUGAUGUAAACAUUUUACACAAUGUGUAACAUCAACUAGUUGAUAAUGUAAAUAUAUCAUUCAUUAUUGAUUCCAAACAAAGACUUCCUUUCUUCGUUUAUUUUCAUGUGUGGACAGUGAUAAACUUAAUUACAUAUUCAUUUUGUUAAACAUAAUUAUUCAAUUUUUAAAAGUAUCAAAAUUAAG